GAAAGCGGAAGACCUCAAAACCAAUUAGAAAAUGGAGGAUAAUUGUCGUUUUCAGAGGAAAAGCCUCACGGUCCAGGCGUAUUGCCUCACAAAUAUGUAGCAGCAAUCUCCAGAAGGCGUGUUCGUCUGGUACUUCCCGUUGUUUCUUCAUUUUCUUUCUGUUAAACUGACUCCUAGGGAAGUUCUACCUGUGGUUCUCGGUUUUGUUUGAAAAUUCAAAGUCUUUGGAUUGGAGCUUCAAAGGGCUAAAAGAGUGAAAAUGAAGGUUUUCUGCAUUGAGGGAGCUUGAAUUUUGAAAUUUUGGAGAGAAGCUGGUAACUUGUUGAUCAUCUUCUAUGUUUUAUGUUCUCCUUCAAGUAUUGCUUUGUGGGUCUUCUUGCUUUUUGGUUGUUAUCUGGGUUUUGACUGUCAUGUUGUUGGGUAUUGGGUUUCGAAGGUUUUUCUGGGUACUUGAAUGCAUACUUGGUUUUGACAAUUUCCAUUUACGAACUUUUAAACCAUACAAUCAAAACCCAGUUCUUGUUUUGCAAUCUAUCUCCAUCUAGAGGAUAAUUGUUUAGCUAAUUUCUUAAAAUUUGAUAGGAUUUAUAAAAAAACGGAAAGACUGUAAAACAAGCAAGGAUGAAUCUUUACCCGCAACCAGUAGUGUACUUUCUGCAAAGCUUUUUCUCUUUCCCGGAUGGUAAGCCGCUCUAUUCUGCAUAAAGAAUUAAAGUCUUCUCAGGUUUCAACGUGAUCAAGUGAGGUGCAGUUGUUGAAUGAUGAAUAAUUUACUAUCUUUCUUCACCAGUUCCAAGUCUUGAUGUGGCUACAAACUCCAGCUGCAUGUCCUUAUUGUUUAUGCUGCUGCUUGAUUCUGUUUAGGUGUUUGACUUAAAGUAGCAGAUCAUUUGGUGAUAAACCAAAGUGUCUGAGGAAUCACAAAGCGAAAACGUGACAGAGUAAUGGAGCAAAAUGAAAUUGGUGAAGUGGAGAUUGGAAGUCCAUUGCCACCUCCUUGUGCUUUGACAGUUGUGGCAGCUGUCAAUGGAAAUAGAAAAAGCAAGUAUGUGGUCAGAUGGGCAUUGAACAAGUUCAUUCCUGAGGGAAAUCUUAUCCUUAAGUUGUUGCAUGUCCGCGCAAGGAUUACUGGUGUCCCUACACCAAUGGGAAAUUACAUUCCUCUUUCUCAAGCACGCAAUGAUGUAGCAGCUGCUUAUAAGAAGGAAGUGGAGUGGCAGACAAAUGAAAUGCUUCUUCCUUACAAGAAAAUGUGUGCUCAAAGAAAGGUUCAAGCAGAUAUCUUGGUGAUUGAAUCAGAUGAUGUGCCAAAUGCAAUUGCACAGGAGAUUGCUAAGAAUGGAAUCACCAAGCUUGUUAUAGGAGCUCCCAGUCGAGGGAUGUUUACAAGGAAGGUCGGGCAGAAUAAUCUGUCUUCAAGAAUCUCAGUUUGCACUCCAAGCUCUUGUACUGUCUAUGCUGUUUCUAAAGGAAAGUUAUCAUCCAUCCGUCCAUCUGAUGUGGAGACAAAUAGCAGCAUUAAAGAUGACUGUAGUGAAACAAGUUCUUCUAAAAGUUCAUCCGGCACAGAGACAGACUCAAGCUCAUUUGCCUCUUAUGCAUCAUACCAGUCUUCUUCCCUACUGACACAGCGAGUUCAAGCACUUUCAACCAUAAAUCAAGGAUAUUUUCAGAAGAAAAAACAUUCUUUUGACAUUAACCGUUCUGGAUGCUCUUCUCUGGAUGUUACGGAUUCUUGUCCUACAAUUUCAGAAAUUGGAGCAGUCAGCGGAAGAUCUAGUUUCAAAAGCCUGGAAACAGACAAGCAAUCUUGGAUAUCUGAUCAAGCUUCCACAUCGGAUGUUGUCACAGACUGUUCUUUAUCUGAAAGCCAGGUAGAAAUUAACUCUGAGCUAGAAAAGCUGAGAAUUCGACUCAGGCAUGUUAGAGGGUUGUAUGCAAUAGCUCAAAGUGAGAUGAUUGAUGCUUCCCGAAAGCUUGGUACACUGGAUAAACGUUGGCAUGAGGAAUCAAUGAAACUUCAGGAAAUAAGCUCUAUGGAGAAGAAAGCCAAGGACUUAGCUAGACAAGAAAAGGAGAAUUAUGAAGCUGCAAAAAGGGAAGCUGUGUAUAUGAAGGAUUGUGCUGACAGAGAAGCUUCACAAAGGCGAGAAGCAGAGAUGAAAGCAAUUCAUGAAGCCAAAGAAAAAGAAAGACUUGAGAAUGCUCUUGUGGGUCAUGCACAGCAAUGGCAGGAGUUCACAUGGGAAGAGAUUGUCUCAGCCACUUCAUCAUUCUCAGAUGAUCUUAAAAUUGGAAUGGGAGCAUAUGGAACUGUCUAUAAAUGCUAUUUGCAUCAUACAACUGCAGCAGUGAAAGUUCUCCGCUCUAAGGAUGGUCAUAACAUCAAGGAAUUCCAGCAGGAGCUAGAAGUCUUAAGCAAAAUUUACCAUCCACAUAUGCUUCUUCUUAUUGGUGCAUGUGUUGAUCAAGGUUGCCUUGUUUAUGAGUAUAUGGAAAAUGGUAGCUUGGAGGAGAGGCUGCUUCAGAAGAACAACACUCCUCCCAUCCCAUGGUUUGAGAGAUAUCGUAUUGCUUGGGAAGUAGCCUCAGCUCUUGUCUUUCUUCACAACUCAAAGCCUAAACCCAUUGUCCAUCGUGAUCUGAAGCCAGCAAACAUAUUGCUUGAUUAUAACUUUGUUAGUAAAAUUGGAGAUGUUGGACUUUCCACAGUGCUUAAUUCAGAGACUGGUUCCAUAUCAACUGCGCAAAAGGACACUGGACCUGUUGGAACACUCUGCUAUAUAGAUCCUGAAUACCAAAGAACCGGGCUGAUUUCUCCAAAAUGUGACGUGUAUGCCUUUGGGAUGGUAAUUUUGCAGUUGUUGACCGCAAAACCAGCAAUGGGACUAGCACAUGUGGUGGAAACAGCAAUUGAUAAUGGUAAAUUAAUAGAGAUUUUAGACUCAGCAGCUGGGAAUUGGCCAAUUGAAGAAACAAAGGAAUUGGCUCUACUUGGUCUAAGAUGUUCAGAGCUUCUGCGCAAGGACAGACCUGAUUUGAAAGAUCAAGUGCUUCCUGUGCUGGAAAGACUAAAGGAGUUUGCUUGUAGAGCUCGAGAAUCGGUUCCUGAUUUUCAAUCUACACCUCCUAACCAUUUCGUUUGCCCAAUACUUAAGGUAUGCAUAUAUAAUCUUGAACUCCCAAGUUCAUAAACUUAAAACAAAAUAAAAGCAAUGAAGAGGAAGCAAAUAUAAGGAAAUAGCUUGUCAUUUCUUCUGUUAUGCUUGCAAUUCAUAUUGCUACUACAACUUUAUAUUGCAAUAAAAUUUGGUAUUUGUUAGAAGGUACUGAUUAACAACACGAAAUGUCCCUUUAUUUUUUUUAUUCUUGAUAAUGACAUGAGAUUUCCACUUUUUGUCUGCAAUUUUUGUGGUUGAUGAUGGUCUCCUCUCCUUCAAGUCCUGCAUCUGAUUGAUAUCUGCACCUCCAUCAUUUCUUUUGCAGGAUGUAAUGAAUGACCCUUGUGUUGCUGCUGAUGGCUACACCUAUGAGCGCAAAGCAAUUGAGAGAUGGCUUGAGCAGAACGACAGAUCACCAAUAACAAACUUGGCAUUGCCAAAUAAGAAUCUACUACCAAAUUACAAUCUCCUUCACGCAAUCAUGGGGUGGAAGUCCAGAAAAGAAUGACAAUGCAUCUUUAUCUUCUGCUUUGCUGCGGAAUUAUUGUUUUAUCCAUGGCAAGUUUAGAUGCUUCCAUCUAUUAGUAGUAUUUUAGUUGCUAGUUUCUAGUUUAAACAAGUAAGCAACUUUAACUAUGCAUAGAUUCUAUAGCAGAAACAUAGGUCUAGAACUGUAGAGAAAUGCUGAUGCCAUUUGUAUGUAAUUCAAGCCUCUAGUCUAUAACACUGUAAAGUCAUAGAUUCAAGAAACGAAGCAUGUGUGGCAGUGUAGUACCUCUUGUUGUUCAGGUUUUAGGAGGUCAGCGGAGGAAGAUUUUUGUAAGAAAAUCAGGAGGGAGUGUUGAAUUUUUUAUGAGAAUGAGAUUGCUUCUAGGUCAAGGAAAGCAUGUUUGAUUGCAAAAUUUUAACCCACACGGCUAAGGUUUUUUUUU